AUGUCGACAGUGUUUCUUAGGACUUUGGUCUGCCUCCUCCUCCUCCUCUUCCACCUAAAGCUUGCAGCCUCUAGCGGUGGUAAUGAUAGCUUCACCUUCAACGGAUUCGGACGCCUCAAUCUUACCUUCGAUGGGGUGGCCAACGUCACCUCCGAUGGUCUGCUGAAGCUCACCAACAUGUCAAAGCAGUCGAAGGGCCAUGCCUUCUACCCAACCCCGCUUCGUUUCCGGAACCUGACGAACGGUACAAUCUUCUCCUUCUCCACCACUUUUGUCUUCGGCUUCAUCUCAGCAUACACCAACGUUAGCGGGAACGGGAUGACUUUCUUCGUGUCUCCCACCGAGGACUUCUCUGCAGCCUUAGGAAGUCAGUUCUUGGGCCUCUUUAACCAAAGUAGCGACGGUAACUCGAACAAUCAUGUCCUCGCGAUUGAGAUUGACACGAACUAUAACCCCGAUGUUCUGGAUAUUGAUGACAACCAUGUUGGGAUCGAUAUCAACGGCGUGAUAUCCAACGCAUCCCACGCUGCUGGUUAUUACGCUAACGACAAUGGAUCGUUCACAUAUCUAAGCCUUAGAAGCGAAAAAGCUAUGCAAGUUUGGAUAGACUAUGACGGCCAUGAGAUGCUGCUUAACGUGACCAUGGCUCCAAUCCGAAUGGCCAAGCCGCAUAAACCUCUGUUGUCCGCCACCAUUGAUCUCUCAAGCGUGUUGUUAUCAGAUCCCAUGUAUGUUGGAUUCUCCUCCUCCACUGGUUCUUUCAAAACAUCUCAUUAUGUUCUUGGUUGGAGCUUUAGGAUGAAUGGGAUAGCUGAACCUCUCGACUACUCCUUGCUGCCAUCGCUUCCUCGGGCAAAGUCAAAUGACAAGGAUAGAAUUGCAAUGGUCAUCGUGUCACCAAUGUUAUCAGAGCCAGCCUUCCAGUUGACUUCGGAGUCUAGCAAGGAUAUUGGCAUUGGGAAAAAAAGUGGUAGAUGGACCAUCCACGUACGUGCUAUUUCCAACGUCUUCUGUGAAUUUUCAUGGUGCUGA